CGGCAUCAAAGAGCGCGUUUUCACCAAUAGCUGAAUUGCGAAUAUCGAUGUCUCGAGAAAGCCUCAGACGCAUAGGAUUUUAAUGCAUUUCUUACCAUUAUAACUGGCAGCAUGGUAACACGAUGCGAUUUCCCCAUCGAGUAUUUUAUGUGCUAGCGUGGAACAUGAUAGAUUUCAGCACGUGAAUCAAUGUGUUUUUAUUUUAGUGCGAGUGCCUAAGAUAAACAAAUCGGGAGCGUGUACAAGAUUUGGCUAAACCUUUUGGGCUGUAAUUUGUGUGAAGUUUAAACAUUUACGUAUAGAAUCUUAGGCGAACGACAUUGCCAGAUAUCGGCGAAAUAAACAUCCACCUUUUUAGCGGUUCUCUUUGUUUAUGCGUGUUUUCUCUAUCAAAUGCAGCGUUGCCGUAUGUUUUUACGAGGGAUGGAAAUUGUGUACCUGAUAGCCCGUUCUUGAUUUCGUAUAAAUCGGACCACGUGUAACAGCGGAUAUACGAACAGCAGAUAUUUGUGCUGUUAAAAGAAAAAUCGUGGAUUUGGGAUUUAUAUAUUGAGUUAAUCUACCACGAAAUAGAGGAUCACAUAAGCAGGGACACGUCUCAUCAAUCAAAACGCGGGUUUCGUACGAGGGACGCUACAACAGUAAGCGCCUACCGCUUCUUACAGGCUUGAAAUCUCGGAAAUACCACACAACGUCAGUAGCAUAUACCACCGGCUAAUGGGGCUUUAUCUGCAUUAUGCAUUGUCUCUCCAUCUCAGCUCAACAUCGAGUGUGAUAUAUCGCGAUCCACGAGGAAUAGAUGCGUUAUUGGACUCGCUUGGUGAUGGAACGGGCUUAAUGUUUACACUAUUUAAAUCGCUCACAUCGCGGAUGACGUAGUAGACAUGUGUACAGAGCUCGGGUUUGCCUUCUAAACGGACCAGUGACCGCCUUUAAUCGCGAGGUUUUACAUUAUUUAUCAUCACACGCGCGCACGAAACGAAAGCGCCUUAAACGUAAAGCAUACAUUGUUUUAUGGGUUGUGCCAGAUUUUUUUUCUCUGUCGUAAUUCGUUCAGCGUUUAAAUUGCUCGCGGAAGUUGAUUAUCUAUAAUGUAGAACGCGUGCGUGCGUUUAAUACAAAUAACACAUGGGCUUAUUUGAACUUGGAUAUAUUAGAAGCGAAACUUAAUAUAUUGGAAGUCGAUGGAUUAACAUGUUUUAUGUAUUCGGUAUUGUAGUUUACAUAGUGUUGUGCGAGUGCUUGCGUCACGUAAAGGUAACCUUGGAGUAAUGCGGAUUUAAAUUGUUAAAUCGCGUGACAACAAUACAGGACAACAAUAAGGGUAUUGCGAGAGUAUAUCGGAUAUAACAAUGCUCAUAAGUGUACUGCGCUAUUGUACGUCCAGUUUACAGGUAUUUCAAAAUCGAUUUUGUUUGCUCUGUUUCGGUUAAUUGCCUUUACAAAUACACUAUCAAACCGCGGGCCGCGGUUAAACGGUGUCCAUCGCAAAACUGGAGUCUACACACUACCAGGGACGGCAAAGGAGACCGUAUCGCCCUCGAUUGCUCUUCAAACGCUCGCAGAGCAAAGGGGCUAAUGUCGGCAUGGCGGAGACCGCGUCGGCACCGGAAAUGGACCCACUGUCGCCCGCCAAGCGCGAGGAGUAUGACAGGACUGAAAAAUGGCUCGACGACCAUCCGGACUUUGUGCACGACUACUUCGCUCGAAAGGCGAAGCGGAGUAUGAUUGACGGGUGGCUGAUCGCGCACGCCAUUAAGCACACGGCAGCCGGCCUGACCCAUCCCGACGGGAACUCCUCGAAUGGCUCAAAGAACAACUCGCGGAACAACUCCGGCGCCAACACGCCCGUCCGCAAGAUAUCGGCGCAGGAGUUCGAAAAGGGCGGAAUCCUUAACCCUAUGCUGAGCACGGUUGAAGGGGUUCAAACCUUCCUGAGCCCCUCGCCGACGUCGGCGCAGUCGCCCUCACAGAUUCGCUUGUUCAGCAAAUCUCGCACCGAGCUGAAGGACUUGGACGAAAAGGAGCUAAUGUACGAACUAGUGAUGGAUAUCUGUAACGAUUUGGAUGUUAAGAGUCUAUGCUACAAGAUUCUCAACAACUGCUGCACGUUACUGAACGCGGACCGUUGCUCGCUUUUUCUCGUGCAAGGGAAAGGAACCAACGAGAGGUUUCUCGUCGCUAAACUGUUUGAUGUGAACGGACAUGCAUCCCUUGAGGAGCUGUCGCACGGGAAAGAGGAAAUCCGCGUACCCUGGGGCACGGGUAUCAUCGGGUACGUUGCGAAGACGGGGGAGGUGGUCAACAUUCCUGAUGCCUACAAGGAUCCCCGCUUUAAUUCCGACAUUGACCUGCGGACCGGGUACACGACGCAGAGCAUCUUGUCGAUGCCGAUCAAGGACAGCGAAGGUGUUGUCAUCGGGGUCGCCCAGGCAGUCAACAAAGUGGUCAACCGGAACCAAACCUUCAACGAACACGACGAAAAGGUGUUUGCCUCAUACCUCGCAUUUUGUGGAAUAGGCCUGAAAAAUGCUCAACUUUACGAAAGAUCUCUGCUUGAAAAUAGAAGAAGCCAGGUACUUCUAGACCUGGCACGUGUUAUUUUCGAGGAACAAAGCAACGUGGCGGCGCUCAUACAAAAGAUCAUGAUGCACACCCAGUCGCUGCUGCAGUGUGAACGUUGUCAGGUGAUGCUGGUUGACGAAUCAACGAAGGGUGUAUUUUCUCAGGUCUACGACAUGACGACGGAUGAUUUCGAUAACAGCGAGACUUACACGCGAGAGGGCCCAACGCAUCCUCGCUUUCCUAUCCAGAUUGGAAUCACAGGUCACGUGGCUGCCACAGGGGAGCCGCUCAAUAUUCCGGAUGCAUACAUGGACCCGAGGUUUGACCCAACGGCCGACAAGGCGACGGCGUUUCGCACACGCUCCAUCCUAUGUAUGCCCAUCAAGAACGCGGAGGGCCGCGUAAUGGGCGUCAGUCAGCUGAUUAACAAAAAGGACGGCACCGCCUUCACGAAAAACGACGAGAAUCUCUUUGAGGCAUUUGCAAUAUUUUGUGGCAUGGGCAUAUACAAUACUCACAUGUACGAGAAGACAGUGCGGGCCAGUGCCAAGCAGCGCGUGGCUCUUGAGGUUCUCUCUUACCACGUGUCCGCAUGCGCAGAAGACGCCAUCAAACUUAAGAAAGCUGUGAUACCAUCUACCUCCGACUAUCGUCUGCUAGAAUACGGCUUCAACGAUGCCAGUCUUGACGACGAUGACACACUGAAGGCCAGCAUCCGUAUGUUCAUCGACCUUGACCUUCUGGAGAAGUUCAGAAUAAAUUAUGAUACCCUAUGCAGAUGGCUGCUGUCGGUGAAAAAGAAUUACAGAAACGUGACUUACCACAACUGGCGACAUGCUUUCAACGUGGCUCAGACAAUGUUCUGUUGUCUAAAGAAAGGCCAGCUUGACCGCUAUAUCAGCGACGUGGAGACCCUGGCGCUCGUGGUGGGAUGCCUGUGUCAUGACCUUGAUCACAGGGGCACCAACAAUCAGUUCCAGAUAAAGGCAAUGUCUCCACUCGCCGAGCUGUAUUCUACCUCAACCAUGGAGCAUCAUCACUUCGACCAGUGCAUUAUGAUAUUAAGUACAGAGGGCAAUGAAAUCCUCUCAGGUUUGUCUCAGGAAGAGUACGAAAACGCAAUCGGGCUGUUGGAAUGUGCAAUCCUUUCUACAGAUUUGGCGCUGUAUUUUAAGCGCCGAGGGGAGUUUUUUAAGCUGGUAGAGCAAGGUCUUUUGGACCUAGACCAGGACGAACACCGAGAUUUAUUACGGUCCAUGCUCAUGACGGCAUCGGACGUAUCGGCGAUAACCAAACCGUGGGAAGUGCAAAAACGGGUAGCGGAUCUUAUUGCUUCUGAGUUCUUCGAACAGGGUGAUUUGGAAAAGACGCAGCUGAAAAUAAAACCAAUCGAAAUGAUGGACAGAGAUAAGAAAGACAAGCUUCCAAUGAUGCAAGUUAAUUUUAUCGACACGAUAUGUAUGCCUGUGUACAAGGCUAUGGCUAGGAUGCAGCCCAAUUUAAGCCCCCUAAUGGAGGGCUGUCGACGUAACAGGGAUAACUGGGAGCACCUCGCUCAAGACAUGAAUAAAGGCCAGGUCGAUGAACAACAAAAAGAGACGGUAAAAUCAUCCAGCUGACAUAAACUGAAAUGUCGUAUUUUGUGACUUGACUUGUGACCGGUUUACCAUUGAUAAAGAUCCCGUAUUUUGUGAGCGGCUUGACUAUGUGUAUAGAUACCUCGAUCGAUUGGUAUGUUGUACCAUUGCAUGGAUCCGAAUAGUGUUUGCUGAAAUCGGAAAAAGAUACAAAAUCAGAUGUUUGGUAUAGAUCAGUGUUAAGUUACAAAUGGUCGUUUCCUUUUUUACGUGCUCAUACCUAACGGACGGAUAUUCUGAUAUAUGUUGUUACUAAUUAAAGCAGACCGAUAAAUUGGUUAACCUGGAAAACCAUCCACCAUUUAUAUUUUAUUUGAACAAAAUAAUGAGCUUUGAUAUUAUUUGGGUAUGAUUUUUACAAGCAAUUAUUUAUUUUAUACAUAUGGCUUAUAUGUUCAUCAAACAUCAAAGUAGUGUUGUGUUUAUUCAUUUUGUAUUGCCGAUGCAUUUUGUUCUAUAUUAUUUCCUAUUUAUUAUGACAAUUUACAUUCAUUUGAAAUUCUGACCAACCAAUUAUGUCAUGAUAAUUUAUUUUUUACUUUAAAUUAUUGUACGAGAUGAAACAUGUCGUUUGUUUUCACUAUCAAAACCAAAGUUAACUUUACUUACCUUAAUCAUUUAUGAUUAUCAGCUUUCAUUAAACGAAUGUUGGCAUUUCUAGAUUACCUUAGAACGUAUAACGUACACCGUCAAGGGGAAAGGUUUUGAGUUAUGUCUUACUGAAAGUUUUAAAUCGACACACUUCUAAAUUUGAGUGAACAUUGUAUCAUGCGUUCGUACUAGUAAGAAUAUGUAGAUGACCAUGUGUGUAUUAUAUCGGGCAUGCAAUAAGUGGAUUCGCAAGUGGUUUUGCAUCGUCGUGCCCGAUUUAUUCUUAGCUUGCACGAUCUUCAUUGAGAAAUUUAUACUGUGCAUGUUAACUUUAUCGAUGAAACCCAUAUGUGUGCUUUGUGCUUUGAUAUAACGUCUUUUAUAGCGAAGAAUAUUUAUCUGUGAUAUAAAUUCUUGCAUGACAUACGAGAUUCAAUUGUAACAGGUGAUAAUUGAACAUAUUGUUCUUCUUUUGUUAUCACUGUUAUUUUAAAAUGACAAACCUCUUCUGGCGAUUGUACACAUGCAAUAUUUUUUUAUGUAUUCAUCAGUUUUUUAUUACGUUUAAUUUUUGUAAAUAUGCAUUCAUAUACCUUUACGGUUAAAAUCGCACAUUUGCGCUUGGUUGAGUUUUAGUUUAGAAAAAAGGCAAUUUGGAAACGAAGUUUAACAAUUUUAACGUUGAAGCAAAAGUCUUAUUGCUGUAUAUUGCAUAUCAAAGGGACUUGUUUACAGCUGGAAUGCGGUUUUUAUGUCUGUCUUUAAAUUAUUUUUAAUUGAUAGAUAAUUUUUUUUUAGAGCUUACUUACAAGUGGAUGAAUAUUAUUUUAACCCUAUACUUUAAUAAAAAUGUCACAUGAAAAGACAUUGACGACGUUAUUUGGCAAAAUUCAUUUGCUCCAAAUGUUAUUGUUAACAUGUUUAGGAGAUAAUUCGUAAUGGUUGUAAUCUAUAUCAACAACGUACAGCGUGUGAUAAAUACAAUUUAUAUUGUAUAUUUAAAUACUUAUUUUAAUUUUAAUUAAUUUGUUUUUAUUAGUGAAACUAUUUCACUAGAGAGUAUCUUGUGUUUCUAUUAUAAUCUUUUCAUACUCAACUUAAACAUAAAUACCAGGUUAACGAAGUAGUUUUUCAAUGUUUGUGUAUAGCACUUAUGUUUUUUGUUAUUGUAUAUUAAUUUAUUUUAAAAAGUGUUGAUAUUUUACUGUUUCAAGGCGAUUUAUUGCCUUAAUGAAAACUGUGAUAAAUGCGAAGACGUGAAAUCCCUCUUUUAUUAAAUGGUACGUUUGUAAAGUUACUAUUGCAACCAAUAUGGCACAUAUUAAUAUGUUACAUAAAUUAAUGGCGUGUACAUUUUCUUAACAAGCAAUUUUUGUCCAUUUGAUCAAAUAUUUGCAUCAGCAUAAUACCAUAAGUGUCGGGGGUUAUCUUGACCAAUUUUAUCAGUAUUUACAACAAACUUGUCAUAAUGACGGCAUAAUUAUGAAAAACAGCUAUUUGCAUAAUUAUCGAUUACCUUUACAUUGCAAUUUCCGAUGUUAAGUUUUUCAAACAUAUACAUUUCUGGCGAAUUUUCAUAACCUUGUGUUGUUUCUAUUAACGGUACAGAGCCUUAAUCCUGUUUGUAUUGUCCCCUACCAGUUUCACCGGAGGGGACUUAUGGUUUGCGCUCUGUGCGUCUGUCUGUGAGUCUGUCUGUCUGUCUGUCUGUGACACUUCUAGAUCAAGCAAUAACUUAAAGAGUUCUUCAUAUUUUUUAAUGAAACUUGAAACAUUGAUAGAUGGCAAUACGGACAUUAUGCACAUCAUUUCAUUUGGUUCCUACGUCAAAAAUUCUG